UUGAAAACACCCAUCUACUGACUGAUUCUUUGAGGUAAAUAGGACAGUAGGGCAAGUUUGGAAUUGGAUGCUGUCGAGCUGCAAAUCUAAAGAUUACUCUUCCUCUAAUUAUGUUAUGGAGGAGACACUGAGUCAGGUGAAUGAAUUCUAUCGCUGGAAUAAGAGUCAAAAAGAAAAGAGGCAUUGCUCGAAUUGGGCCUUCAUCCGAACUAACGUUAGACAUCUGCGAUCAGGUGACAGUUGAUAAGGAAGAGAAAUAUUACUUUUCAUACCCACUGCUGGCUUUGUUUUCUGUGUUUCGAGUCCUGGUUUUGCAUCUGAGUACUGUUCUUGCGUGGGUCUGCAAACGAAUCUGCCGCACUAUGGCAGCCAGACCCAAGGAACAUGGCAGCAAGGAAUACGAUGACACGGGCGAGCAGAUCCGGAAUCAUCACAAACAAGCUUUUGAAUACAUUUCAGUGGCUCUCCGCAUCGACGAGGACGACAAAGGCCAAAAGGAAGAUGCAGUCCAGUGGUACAAAAAAGGCAUCGCCGAACUUGAAAAGGGUAUUGCUAUUGAGGUUGUGGGAACUGGAGAGAAGGCAGAAAGAGCCAGAAGGCUUCAAACGAAGAUGGCCAACAACUUGACCAUGGCCCAGGACCGCCUCCAGCUAUUGGCCAAGCUGUGUUCAGGGUCCUCACAAACAGGCGUGUAUACAAACAGCGCUAACCAGGGCUUCGCUAACGGGAACAUCCGCUCAGUCAGCGGCGCCGUUCCCAAAAAGAGGGAUUCUCUCACCCAGCCCAGUCACUCCUUUCCUCGACCAAAGAACCCACCCAAAAACCCUUCCAGUGGAGCCCAGCGGUCACCCAGCUACUGUGGGCCGUCUGCUCCCAGCUCAGGGCGACCAGGUUCCCAGUUUCACAACACCAGUAAGGGUUCAGCGGGUAGAGUCGGUAACAGAACAAACGGUAAAACAGCGUCGCCAGCAUCCACUCCACAAAAGAAGAGGGAUAUGAAAAACUUUAAGAACGUGGACAGCAAGCUGGCGAACCUCAUUCUGAAUGAGAUUGUGGACAGUGGCUCUAUGGUGCACUUUGAUGAUAUUGCUGGGCAGGAGUUAGCGAAGCAGGCUCUGCAAGAGAUCGUCAUACUGCCUGCAUUACGACCAGAGUUGUUUACAGGUCUCAGGGCUCCAGCAAGAGGUCUUCUUCUCUUUGGUCCCCCUGGCAAUGGGAAAACUAUGCUGGCCAAAGCGGUUGCCAUAGAGUCUAAUGCAACAUUCUUCAACAUCAGUGCUGCCAGUCUGACUUCCAAAUAUGUUGGUGAAGGAGAGAAGCUGGUGAGAGCCCUAUUUGCUGUGGCCAGGGAGCUUCAACCUUCCAUCAUCUUCAUUGAUGAAGUUGACAGUCUGCUGUGUGAAAGGAGAGAGGGAGAACAUGAUGCCAGUAGAAGACUGAAGACAGAGUUCCUCAUUGAAUUUGAUGGGGUGCAGUCAGGAGGUGAUGAGAGAGUGUUGGUGAUGGGAGCCACUAACAGACCUCAGGAACUUGAUGAGGCUGUACUCAGGCGAUUUGCUAAAAGAAUAUAUGUGGCUUUACCCACUGAAGAGACCCGCCUGAAGCUGCUGAAGAACCUUCUGGCUAAACAUGGCAGCCCUCUGAGUCAGAAAGAACUGGCCCAGCUUGCCAGAAUGACAGAGGGAUACUCUGGCAGUGAUCUGACUUCAUUGGCUAAAGACGCAGCCCUCGGCCCCAUACGAGAGCUGCGUCCUGAGCAAGUCAGAAACAUGGCUGCCAACGAGAUGAGGAAUAUUCGGUUCUCUGAUUUUGUGGAGUCUCUGAAGAGGAUUAAGAGGAGUGUGAGUCCUCAAACACUGGACCAGUACAUUCGCUGGAACAGAGAGUAUGGGGACACUACUGUAUGACACACUGGAUCAUAUACACACACACAC